GCUCAUCUACUGCAGUAUCCUGAAGAAGAAGAUUCCGGUGCAACAGCUAGGCAUCAUCAUGCCUACUGCUGUGAUUAUGGAGGAAAAUUUCGAUAAAUUAUUAGAACAGUGUGAAGCUCAGGAACUCGAGGCUCCAGGGGGCAUAGCAACACCACAAGUCUACGCUCAGUUGCUGGCACUAUAUUUACUUCACAAUGACAUGAAUAACGCCAGGUAUCUAUGGAAGAGGAUUCCCCAAGCAAUAAAAUCGGCAAACCCUGAAUUAGCAGCUAUUUGGGCAGUCGGCCAGCGCAUUUGGCAGCGAGACUUUCCAGGAAUCUACACAGCUAUUGCUGCUUAUCAAUGGACAGAGAAUAUUCUUCCAGUCAUGGAGGCCCUUCAAGAGAGCACACGGCAGAGAGCGUACGGACUAGUGGCCCAGGCCUACACUUCCAUCACAGCUGAAGACUUUGCAGCUUUUGUUGGUUAUUCUGUGGAGGAGGCAGUAAAGGGUGUGGUGAGCCAAGGCUGGCAGGCAGACCCCUCUACCAGGAUGGUGAUGCCCAAAAAGCCCGAUCCUCCCCCGGUCUCACUGGUUCCAAAUGAGCAGCAGUUGGCCAGACUCACUGACUACGUGGCUUUCCUCGAGAACUGAUAACCCACCUCAACCAUUGCCACCCUGUUUCACACACUUGGUACUGAGGGAGAAUUAAUGUUUGGAUAAACUUUUCCCUCCAUUCUACUUCCUGCGAAAUCCCACUCCCCGAUAAAGAUGUACCAAAAAACACAUCAUCUUGCAUGAAUGCUGCAAGCUCUUCUGUAAGACUUACCUAUUCAUAUUCAUUGACUAUGAUAGUUUUCCCUGCUUCAUUUCCUCAAAGGGGUGGUUCAUGUUUUUUUUUUUCUGGUUGUAUGAGGUACUAACAUCAUCAGCACUGACUGCACUGUGUGUAUCCCCUGUUCAUCACUAAAUCUUGCUGUUUCUUGUUGACAGCCUUUUCCAUCUGGAAAAUAAAGUUUGCAAACAGCUCACUGUCCUGCAUCAAAACCCGUAGGAGAAGUCAGUGUUUUUAUCUUACACGGACACCAGACUUGCUGUUUUACUCUUGCCUAAUCUGGUAAAUUUGUGUCAUUUAUGUAAAUCCAAACAAAUUGUUUCAAAUACUGAUAUCACAAAUAACACAUUACAGCUUAUUGAUGGAGGCUUCAUUGGAUCAACAACUCCCAUGACCUUGCAUGCUAAAAAUGCAGAUUUUCUCUUUGGACUUUGACACAUGACAGUUAGCUGUUUACAAAGUGACACAAACUUCAGUUUCCAGUCUGAAAGUGCUGUCUGUGAAACAAAGAAACAAACUCAUUAAAAACCGCAUUAAAAUAGCAUAGGCUUAAGCUGACACAGUUUUUAUUAGAUGAGCCUUUUGUUUAGUGUCUAAAAUCUGGUUUACCUUGUGUCCCUAUUGGCAUCCCCGAGAGCCAGUCUGCUGGAGCAGACACAUUGUAGUCAGCACUGAUUAUGUAUCUCGUACAACUGUCACUUUAAAUGUUAUUAUAUUUCACUUUAUUUUUUGUGGCUUUCGCAGGCCAUCAGAUAUAUACAUUGGGUCUGAGUAUAUAUUAGGAAAGUAAUAUCUAUCACAUCACUUUGUUUAUUUUGUUUUUUCAUUUUUCAUUUGCUAAUCAUGCAAUAGAAAUACACAAACCGGUAUGUACAGCACAUCCAAUGUGUUUAAGCACUUGCAGGUUUCCUUGAAACAAAAAUGCCUUCAGGUAACAGAAGUCUCAGCAUGCAUAUGUCCCUGUGUGGAGUUCAGUCUCCAGACCUCAUUUGAAUUUUGAAGUUUAUGUAUUGACUGGUUAAUAAAUACUUUGCUGUUUCUAAA